AUGAAUAUGUUGGAUGAUGAAGAUGACCAAAGCUUUCACGCUACGCGUGACGGCUACUCCCACUUGAGCGAUGUAGAAUGGGAUGCGGUUGAACGGAUGGGUUCAGCCAUGGGCAUCCAUGCUGUUAGCGUCAUUCUAGAGGCUCUCAAUAGAGAUGCCCAACAUGCUACUAUCGCCAAGUUCAUUCAAAAUGAACUUGACGCUGAACGCGAGAAAGUAGCCUUGCUUCACCAACAAGGUUCUCAACAAGCAGAGUUGUUGAGAGAACAGGGUGUUCAACAGUUUGAACUGUUGAGACAGCAGCAGGCUGAUGCUAGUGGGUCGAUGCACUGGCGUCGAUCCGAGACCUUGAAGAUUGACAUCUCCAAGUAUAGGGGAGUCGAAGAGGAAUCCCUCUUGAGAUGGUUCGUCGAAUUGGAUGACGCCAUAAGGGCGCGUCGAAUCGACGACGGGGAUAUGCAAGCUGCAUUUGCCCAGUCAAAUCUGGCAGGACGUGCCAAGACUUGGGCUUUGGGGCUCAAGUUGCACGACCCAUAUGCGUUUGGGUCGUUGGAAGUCUUCAAGUCGCGGCUCAGACAAACGUUUUUGAACCGCCUAGAGCUGAGUUCAGAGCUCGAACUGAACUCUUGA